AUGCCGCGCAGUCCCACGUCCAGUGAGGACGAGAUGGCCCAGAGCUUCUCUGACUACUCCGUGGGCUCAGAGUCCGACAGCUCCAAAGAGGAGACCAUCUGCGACACCAUCCGGGCCGCGGCAGAGAAGCCAGGUGGCGCCAGGACGGAGGAGAACCAGGGCAACACGCUGGUGCUGAGGAUCAUCAUCCAGGACCUGCAGCAGACGAAGUGCAUUCGCUUCAACCCGGAUGCGACUGUGUGGGUGGCCAAGCAGAAGAUCCUGUGCACGCUGAACCAGAGCCUGAAGGAUGUACUCAACUAUGGGCUCUUCCAGCCCGCCAGCAACGGGCGAGACGGGAAGUUCCUGGACGAAGAGCGCCUUCUGCGCGAGUACCCGCAGCCCGUGGGCGACGGGGUGCCAUCGCUGGAGUUUCGAUACAAGAAGCGCGUGUAUAAACAGUCCAAUCUCGAUGAGAAACAGUUGGCCAAGCUCCACACAAAGACCAAUCUGAAGAAAUGCAUGGACCAUAUUCAGCAUCGUUCGGUUGAGAAAAUCGUCAAGAUGCUGGAUCGAGGCCUGGACCCCAAUUUCCAUGACCUGGAGACUGGAGAGACGCCCCUGACCUUGGCCGCGCAGUUGGACGACUCCGUGGAGGUGAUCAAAGCGCUAAAAAAUGGCGGUGCUCAUCUGGACUUCCGUGCCAAAGACGGGAUGACCGCCCUGCACAAGGCUGCCCGCCUGAGAAACCAGGUUGCCCUUAAGACCCUUUUAGAACUUGGAGCAUCACCAGAUUACAAGGACAGCUACGGGCUGACCCCGCUCUACCACACGGCCAUCGUCGGGGGUGACCCUUACUGCUGUGAACUGCUUCUUCACGAACACGCCACUGUGUGCUGCAGGGAUGAGAACGGCUGGCACGAAAUCCACCAGGCCUGCCGGUAUGGACACGUGCAGCACCUGGAGCACCUGCUGUUCUACGGGGCGGACAUGGGUGCUCAGAACGCCUCGGGGAACACCGCGCUGCACAUCUGCGCCCUCUACAACCAGGACAGCUGUGCAAGAGUGUUGCUGUUUCGAGGCGGAAACAAGGAAUUAAAAAACUACAACAGCCAGACUCCGUUCCAGGACUGUGAGAGAAUAAAGUUCUGGAGCUUCAAGCCCCGCAGUGUGUGGCACCUGGUGAAGGCAGCCCCAGGGCACUCCUACCGAGGAUCCCUGGGUCACGUCAAAUGCCCUGCGCUUGGGCAGAAGCCUCGUGCCGUCAUGGAGGUACGCCGAGCACCUGGGGCCCAAGAAGGAAGCGCGGCCACUCAGGACACCGUGGAGCGCUAUCACAGAGGGUCCACGCUGCUCCGGCGCCCAGGAGCGGGGCCACGCUCCUUGCCUUCCUCCGCUCGGAGAAGGUUAUAUAAUGAGCAGACCGCUGCCCAAGUCAGAGGGAAAAUGAAGUCUUUGUUAAAUGCCUUCACCAAGAAGGAAGUGCCCUUCCGAGAGGCCCCGGCGUACUCAAACCGCAGGCGGCGGCCCCCCAACACGCUGGCCGCGCCCCGGGUGCUGCUGCGCUCCAACAGCGACAACAACCUCCAUGUGGGCGCGCCCGCCUGGCCCGUCUGCUCCGCGGCCCCCUCCCACCGCAGCCUCUCCCCGCAGCUGCUGCAGCACAUGCCGGGCACCCCCGACGGCACCGUGAAGACCCUCGGGAGCUACAUCCCCGGGCCCCACAGCCGGUCGCCCUCGCUCAACAGGCUGGGCGGCAGCGGUGAGGAUGGCAGGCGGCCGCAGCAGCACUGGGACGUCGGGCCCACUUUCCCUCUUGGUGCCAGCAAGGACCUGCUGUCCACCUUCGAGCAGCCGGGGCCCAAGCGGAAGCUGUACAGUGCAGUGCCUGGGCGGCUCUUCAUCGUCGUCAAGCCAUACCAACCCCAGGUCGACGGCGAGAUCCCCCUGUACCGUGGUGACAGGGUCAAAGUUCUGAGCAUCGGCGAAGGGGGCUUCUGGGAAGGCAGCGCCCGCGGCCACGUCGGGUGGUUUCCAGCCGAGUGUGUGGAGGAGGUGCAGGGCAAGCCCAGGGACGGCCAGGCAGAGACCCGCGCAGACCGCAGCAAGAAACUCUUCAGGCACUACACGGUCGGCUCGUACGACAGCUUCGAUGCUGCCAGUGACUGCAUUAUCGAGGAGAAGACAGUGGUGCUGCAGAAGAAAGACAAUGAGGGCUUCGGGUUCGUGCUCCGCGGGGCCAAAGCUGAUACGCCCAUUGAAGAAUUCACGCCAACGCCAGCUUUUCCGGCCCUGCAGUACCUGGAGUCGGUGGACGAAGGCGGGGUGGCUUGGCAAGCCGGACUGAGGACUGGGGACUUCUUGAUUGAGGUCAACAAUGAGAAUGUGGUGAAGGUGGGCCAUCGGCAGGUGGUGAACAUGAUCCGCCAGGGCGGAAACCACCUGGUCCUCAAGGUGGUCACGGUCACCCGGAGUCUGGACCCAGACGACACAGCCAGGAAGAAAGCUCCCCCUCCGCCCAAGCGCGCUCCGACCACGGCGCUCACCCUGCGCUCCAAGUCCAUGACCUCGGAGCUGGAGGAGCUCGUGGAUAAAGCUUCCGUCCGGAAGAAGAAGGAUAAGCCUGAGGAGAUCGUCCCGGCCUCCAAACUGUCGCGGGCCGCCGAGAACGUGGCUGUGGAGUCCAGGGUGGCCACCAUCAAACAGCGGCCCACCAGCCGGUGCUUUCCUUCUGUCUCCGACGUGAACUCCGUGUAUGAACGCCAGGGGAUCGCGGUGAUGACGCCCACCGUUCCUGGGAGCCCCAAAGGCCCGUUUCUGGGCCUCCCUCGAGGUACGAUGCGAAGGCAGAAAUCUAUAGACAGCAGAAUCUUUCUGUCAGGGAUAACGGAGGAAGAGCGGCAGUUUCUGGCCCCUCCGAUGCUCAAGUUCACCAGGAGCCUGUCCAUGCCCGACACCUCCGAGGACAUCCCCCCUCCGCCCCAGUCCAUUCCCCCGUCUCCACCACCACCCUCCCCCACCGCGUACAACUGCCCCAAGUCCCCGACCCCGAGAGUCUACGGGACCAUCAAGCCCGCCUUUAACCAGAAUCCCGCCGCCAAGGUCUCAGCGGCAGCCCGCUCCGACACGAUGGUCACCACGAUGCGGGAGAAGGGCGCCUACUACAGGCGAGAGCUGGACCGGUACUCCCUGGACUCCGAAGACCUGUACAACCGCAACGCCGCCGCCGCCCAGGCCAACUUCCGCGGCAAGCGGGGCCAGAUGCCCGAGAACCCGUACUCGGAGGUGGGCAGGCUGGCCAGCAAGGCCGUGUACGUGCCGGCCAAGCCCGCGCGGCGGAAGGGCAUGCUGGUGAAGCAGCCCAAUGUGGAGGACAGCCCCGAGAAGACGUGCUCCAUCCCCAUCCCCACCAUCAUCGUCAAGGAACCCUCCACCAGCAGCAGCGGUAAGAGCAGCCAGGGCAGCAGCAUGGAGACCGACGCGCAGGCCGCCGAGCCGCCCGGGCAGCUGCGGCCGGACGACAGCCUGGGCGGCAGCAGCCCCUUCGCAGCCGCCAUCGCCGGGGCCGUGCGCGAUCGGGAGAAGCGGCUGGAGGCCCGGAGGAACUCCCCGGCCUUCCUCUCCACAGACCUGGGGGACGAGGACGUGGGGCUGGGGCCGCCUGUGCCCAGGACGCGGCCUUCCAAGUUCCCCGAGGAGGGCGGGUUCGGCAGCGAGGACAGCGCCGAGCAGCUGGUGUCGCCCACACCGGGGGCAGCGCCCAGGGAGCCCGAGAACCACUUUGUCGGUGGGGGCGAGGCCGGCGCUCAGGGCGAGGCCGGGAGGCCGCUGAAUCCCACAUCCCAAGUCAAGGGCCCCGAGAGCGGCCCUGAGAAUUACAUCCACCCGCUCACGGGGAGGCUGCUUGACCCCAGCUCCCCGCUGGCCCUGGCGCUGUCCGCCAGGGACCGGGCCAUGAAGGAGUCCCAGCAGGGGCCCAAGGGGGAGGCCCCCAAGGCCGACCUCAACAAGCCCCUGUACAUCGACACCAAAAUGCGGCCCAGCAUGGAGCCGGCCUUCCCGCCCGUAACCAGGCAGAACACCCGGGGCCCCCUGCGGCGGCAGGAGACGGAGAACAAGUACGAGACAGAGCUGGGCCGAGACCGGAAGGGCAAUGACAAGAACAUGCUCAUCACCAUCGUGGACGCGUCCCAGCAGAGGUCGGCCGGCCUGCUCAUGGUCCACACCGUCGACGCCGCCAAGUCGGACGGCUCCCUGGAGGAGGAGGACCAGAAAGUGCAGGUGGAGACGCAGCCGGACCACUCGCCAUCCGAGGUGCCAGAAGGUGUCUCCGAAACCGAAGGUGCUUUACAGCUCUCAGCUGCCCCCGAGCCGGCCGCCACGCCCGGCAGAGCCAUGGUGGCAGCUGGCUCCAUGGAGGAGACGGUUGUCCUGCCGUUCCGCAUCCCUCCCCCGCCUCUGGCCUCUGUAGACUUGGAUGAAGAUUUUAUUUUUACAGAGCCAUUGCCUCCUCCCCUGGAAUUUGCAAAUAGUUUUGAUAUCCCCGACGACCGCGCCGCUUCCGUCCCCGCUCUGGCCGAACUGAUCAAGCAGAAGAAACAAGACACCCCGCAGUCCCCUUCAUUGAACUCCAGUCAGCCAGCCAACUCGGUGGGCAGUAAGAAGCCAGCUGGUCUCUCAAACUGUCUGCCUGCCUCGUUCCUGCCGCCCCCUGAGAGUUUUGACGCCGUCACGGACUCGGGCAUCGAGGAGGUGGACAGCCGGAGCAGCAGCGACCACCACCUAGAGACAACCAGCACCAUGUCCACCGUGUCCAGCAUCUCCACCUUGUCCUCCGAGGGAGGGGAGAACACAGACACCUGUACCGUCUACGCAGACGGACAAGCGUUUGUGGUCGACAAGCCCCCGGUACCUCCGAAGCCAAAAAUGAAGCCCAUCAUCCACAAAAGCAACGCACUUUACCAGGACGCCCUGGUGGAGGAGGAUGCAGACGGCUUCAUCAUCCCCCCGCCAGCCCCACCGCCGCCGCCCGGCGGCGCCCAGCCCGGCAUGGCCAAGGUCGUUCAGCCGAGGACCUCCAAACUGUGGGGCGACAUCACGGAGGUCAAGAUCCCAAUUCUCUCAGGCCCAAAGGCAAAUGUCAUUAGUGAAUUGAACUCGAUCCUGCAGCAAAUGAACCGAGAGAAAUCAGCCAAGCCAGGAGAUGGACUGGAUUCACCGACAGGAAGCAAACCCGUGGGCCUCACUACAAGAAGCCCGGAGGUCAUGAGCACCGUCUCAGGUACACGGAGCAGUACCGUCACCUUCACUGUUCGCCCCGGCACCGCCCAGCCCAUCACCCUGCAGAGCCGGCCCCCAGACUACGAAAGCAGGACCUCAGGAACGAGACGCGCCCCGAGCCCCGUGGUCUCGCCAACGGAGCUGAACAAAGAGAUCCUGCCCGCCCCUGUGUCUGCCACUGCCGCGUCUCCUUCCCCCACUCUCUCCGACGUCUUUAGCCUUCCAAGCCAGCCCCCUUCUGGGGACCUCUUUGGCUUGAACCCAGCGGGACGCAGCAGGUCGCCAUCACCCUCGAUACUGCAACAGCCGAUGUCGAAUAAGCCUUUUACAACUAAACCUGUCCACCUGUGGACUAAACCAGACGUGGCAGACUGGCUAGAAAGUCUAAACUUGGGUGAACAUAAAGAGACUUUCAUGGACAAUGAAAUCGAUGGCAGCCACUUACCAAACCUUCAGAAAGAAGACCUAAUAGAUCUUGGGGUGACCCGGGUUGGACACAGAAUGAACAUAGAAAGGGCUUUGAAACAGCUGCUGGACAGAUAA